AUGCCUUCCUCAGAACCAGUCCUCACUACACCGUUAACCGAGUUGUUCAACAUAAAUCACCCCGUCAUGCUCGCCGGCAUGAGUGUGGCUGCUGGACCUAAGCUGGCAGCGGCAGUCACAAAUGCUGGUGGCAUUGGAGUUAUCGGCGGUGUUCGCAUGAGCCCAAAGUUUCUCCAGAACGUGAUUGACGAGCUAAAGGGUCACCUUGAAGACAAGAACGCACCGUUCGGAGUAGACCUGCUCAUUCCUCAAAUCGGUGGAAACGCGCGUAAGACUAAUUAUGAUUAUACGAGUGGACAACUCCCGGAGUUAACAGAAGUGAUUAUUAAGAGCAAGGCCGCACUUUUUGUUUGCGCCGUCGGAGUUCCACCGAAGGAAAUGGUGGACAAACUACAUGGAGUAGGUAUCCUCGUCAUGAACAUGAUUGGUCAUCCUAAACAUGUUAAGAAGGCACUCGCCCAAGGCGUCGAUAUCAUCUGUGCUCAGGCCGGCGAAGGCGGAGGCCACACGGGCGACGUUCCCUUCUCAAUCCUCAUCCCCACCGUAGUCGACCUCUGCAAACCGCACAAAUCACCACUCACCGGGAAACCAAUCACCGUCGUCGCAGCAGGCGCCGUUGCCGAUGGUCGAGGUCUCGCUGCUGCUCUCUCUUACGGUGCUUCCGGAGUCUGGGUCGGUACGAGAUUCGUGGCGAGCACGGAGGCGGCCGCGCCGAAGAUGCAUAAGGAAUUCGUGUUGAGUGCUGGGCAUGAUGACACAGUUAGGACUUUGAUAUAUUCGGGGAGACCGAUGAGCGUGAGGAAGACGGAUUAUGUGAGGGACUGGGAGGAGAAUAGACACCAGGAGAUCAUCAAGCUGACCUCGGAGGGUAAGGUUCCGCAUGAGGAAGAGCUCGCGAAGCAUCCAGAGAAAUCUCCUUCUGGGCGAAUGUGGCUCAUGGGACGAGUCGCUGGAUCGAUCAACGACAUCAAACCGGCAAAGGAGAUUGUCGACGAGUUAGUGAUGACAGCCGCGAAGAGCCUCGCAGUUGCGAACAGUCAAGUCGUCGCUAAAGCGAAGCUCUGAGGAGACUUUCAGGUUCCUUUCGUCCUUCCGUGUUCCCUUUGUACCGGACACCCUUGUAUUUAGACAUGUACUUACAUACUAUGCCCGCCCCCUUGGCUUGAGUCAGGCGUGCCAGUGUAUGGAUACAGCCGGCAGCUGCG